AUGGUUAUAAUUUGGAUCUUGUUGCUGACUCUGUUGCAGGAGCCGUGGUCCCCGGGGCGGGCGGCGGCGGUGCCCGAGCCCCCCGGAGCCGCUCCGAGCGCCCCCCGGCCGCGCCGGGAUGCGGGGGGACGCGGCGGCGUCUACGAGCACCUCGGGGGAGCGCCCCGGCGCAGGAAGCUCUACUGUGCCACCAAGUACCACCUCCAGAUCCACCCCAGCGGCAGGAUCAACGGCACCCUGGAGAAGAACAGCGCCUUCAGUAUUCUGGAAAUUACUGCUGUGGACGUCGGGAUCGUUGCCAUCAAGGGCCUGUUCUCUGGCAGAUACCUGGCCAUGAACAAGAGGGGCAGACUUUAUGCAUCAGAGAGUUACAACUCCGAGUGUGAGUUUGUGGAGAGGAUCCACGAGCUGGGCUACAACACGUACGCGUCGCGCCUGUACCGCACCGUGCCCAGCAGGGCCGGCCCCAGGCGCAAAGCCAGCGCUGAGAGACUCUGGUAUGUCUCCAUCAAUGGCAAAGGACGACCCAGGAGGGGCUUUAAGACCCGCAGGACACAGAAAUCCUCCCUCUUUCUGCCCAGAGUGCUGGAUAACAAAGACCACGAAAUGGUGCGGCUCUUCCACRGCAGCGGGAAGCACCUGAAGGGCCCCAGCAAGAACCAGCGCAGGAGGAGGGGACACCUCUAG